GGACUAUGUGGGAGGAAACCAGAGUACCCAGAGGAAACCCAUGCGGAUACGGAGAGGACAUGUAAACUCUACAAAAUGAAUAUUCAUGUUACUGUCAAUGUCACGCUGUGAAAAGGAGUCGGAGAACUUGGAGAACGGUUUUCAGCCACUCGGCUGAAGGUGCUAGUGCUCACCUGAGCAUUUGUAACGACUGAUUUUGUGGAAGCUGUCACCAGGUGUCAAGAAAGGAAUAUAGACUUCAACAGAAGUUUGACGGCAGAGACUGAAGUGGAAGGAAAGGAGUGGCCAGAUGUUGUAUCGCUGCCUACAGCAUCGCAGGCAGGCAGGGCACGUCUGAGAGAGCAGCGGAGGGACGAGCCGGGAGAUUUGAGCCCCGCUCAGAGCCGAGCCUCGGGAUUCUGGGAUACGCCUCGGGGACAGAUCCGUCACGAGCGCCCGCGAACCGGAGCUACGACCGGCGCUUUCCCCCUCGCUCUCCCUCCUUCCCUCCGUCUCUCAGCCUUAUUCCUUCGCUCGCAGUGCUGGAAUGUACUGAGGGUGAAAGAGAGAAGAGCUUUAUCCCCCCUCUACUGCAGAAGACGGCAUCGGGCAAGACAGACAGACGGCAGGACGUGAGCUGGCACCCCCCUGGAGACUUGUCCCGGCACUGGAUUGGGAUCACACCCCCCCCCCCCCCCACCUCUGCCUCCUUUCCAAAUCACGACACCCUCCCUCCCUCAAAUUCUGUUUUCCUUCGCUGUUCCUCGUCUUUUUUUUUUAAAGCUCUCGCAGUGCUGGAUCGCACUCCUCGGCUGGAUUACAGCAGGGUGGCUCUUCUGCUCGUCCCCUAAUCCUGAGGGAGGCUGCGGAUCCCUCCGCGGGGGACCCACCUGCGCCUUCCUGCCCCUGUGGGUCUGCAGACCGGUGCGUGUCGGAGCGUGUGUGAGCGUAUGUGCGUGUGCGUGCGCUGAGAGGGGGGGCAUUUCUGGGGCCACGAGCUGACUCAGCGGUUGGAAGCGUGCUUGCGGAUUGAACCCGGAAUCAGGAGCGAGGAGGAAGGGGGGGGGACAGGGUCCCUGGAUCGCCGUCUCAUCUUCCCAAAAGCCCCGCUCGGAAUACUGAGGAGAAGCAAAAUUGCGUAACGGAGUCGGGGGGGGGACCAAGAGCACGGCGGAAAGCGUACAGGGGCGGCUGGAUUGGCUCCGUGGCGGCGGGCAGACGCUGCGGCAGAGCGCUUCACACAGACGGAUUUACAGCUCGUCUGCUGCUCUCAUACGCCGCUUCUCAGUCUAUACUUUCAGCCCUUUUUUAUUUCUCCCCAGGGUGCUUUCUUUCUUUUUUUUUUUUUGUUUCACCUUGGAUUCCACCCGUAUUGGACAUUAGCUCCGGACGUGGACAGGAGUGGUCUCCGGGACAACGACUGAAGAACACCUUCCUUCCCUGCUCUGCAUUCGGCGCCUGACUCGCUGCUCCUGUGUGUGUCGUGUGUGCGUGCGUUUUGUCUGCGUGUGUAUCCGUGCUUGUGCGUACGUGUGGGUGUGUGUGCGUGUGUGUCUGUGUGCGUGUGUGAAAGAUGCUCGGUGUUACGUUUCGCCCCUCUGACCCGUGUUGUCCGUGCCCACCUGGUCGCUGGUUUCGGGGUUAACCCUUCGUGAGCCGGCAGGAUGAGCGAGAUCUCCGGAGCGGCCGUUUCCGGGGCGAUGAUCGUGGAGGAGCCGGAGGCGGGCGGUGGCUCGGGGGGCAGGGAGCAGGCCCCGGAGCAGGGGCCCCUGCGCUGCGGGGGGUGCACCCUGUGGCCCCGGCAGCAGACCUGGCUGUGUGUGGUCCCCCUCCUGAUCGGGUUCAUCGGCCUGGGGCUCAGCCUGAUGCUGCUGAAGUGGAUUGUGGUGGGCUCUGUGCAGGACUACGUGCCCACAGACCUGGUGGACGCCAAGGGGAUCGGGCAGGACCCCAUAUUCCUCUCCAAGCCCAGUGCCGUCCCCAAACUCCCUGACACCUCCACCUCCACCUCCACCACCACCACCACUACCACCACCGCCUCCGCCGUCCCCCCUGGGGGCACCACCACGGUGAGGCCCAGGACUCGUGCAGGAACUCGGGCUGGGGGUCCCGGAGCGUCCGGCAGCCAGGUGACCCCGCGCAGCACCACCACCCGCCACGCCAGCGCCCCGCGCGGCCCACACCCGACCGCCUCCGGCAGCACCACCAGUACCAUGGCGACGCCCACCUCCACUCCCUCGCCGUCCAACCCCACGGUCCUGCACGUCUCUACGCAAAUGUGGACACACGUGCACACCUCCCACAAGCCGCCGGCCGUGCCCACCCGGUCCCACGUCCAGGUCAAGACAGCGAUGCCUACAUCCCCACCACUUCGCUCAGAGCACUUUAAGCCGUGCAAGGACAAAGACCUGGCCUACUGCCUGAACGGGGGCGAGUGUUUCGUCAUCGAGACGCUGACGGGAUCGCACAAGAACUGCAGGUGCAAGGAGGGGUACCAGGGGGUGAGAUGUGACCAGUUUCUUCCCAAGACAGACUCCAUCCUCUCUGACCCAACAGAUCACCUGGGCAUCGAAUUCAUGGAGAGUGAAGAGAUAUACAAGAGACAAGUGCUGUCAGUCUCCUGCAUUGCCAUAGGAAUCAGUCUGCUUGGCACUAUUUGCAUGGCACUCUAUUACCGGAACAAGCGACGCAGGGAAAAGCUCCAGGCCCAUCUGAAAAGCUACAGCGUGAGCGCCUCGGGCUUUGUGUCCAAACCCAGCCUGAGGCCACAGGGGAGUCUACAGCUUCAGAAAUACUGUAAAGGCAAUGGGUCCUCCCCUCCUCAUGGUGGAGCUGUUCAUGAGUCCGGCUUUGUCCAACAAAGUGUUGCAUUAGCUGCUCACUCAAGGGUUGUGCCAACUGGAAAACACCACAGGAGCGGUUCCCUCUCUCACAGUCCAGACCAGAGAAGCAGAGCUGGCCACCGGGCAGCCCCUCGCAGAACCCCACCCAUUUCCAGAGGAAGGCUGAAUCCCAUGGGAGGGUCUAGGGAUUCUGGGCCCGCCUACCAGCACCUGCAGGAGGCGGAGUCUUCGGAGAGGGAGGUGGAGUCUUUGAGAGGGCACCACUCUGAAGGGACCAUCUGUGACCCGCGGCAGGACUCCUAUUUAAAUAUGCAACGCCCCUUGUGUGCCGGACGCGCCUCGCAGGGGGGCCUGGCCCAGGUGCCGUGCAGCCGACUCGAUGGGGGCGUGGCCAGGGCGGCCCCCGGGGGCUUCAGGUGCGCUCCCCUCCGCUGCUCUGCCUCCCCCCCGCCCUACCGCACCUGCUCUGUUCCCAUCAUCCCCUCCGUCCAGGGACACUACGACGACACUUCCUGUAUGCAAACGGCCAGCGGCGGGACGGGGGGUGGCCCCUCUGACGCGUGUCAGCGCUCUUCCUCCUCCCCUGCCUCCACCUCCUCCUCAUCCUCCUCCUCACAGUCUAAAGGGGCAGAGCAGCAGGAAGCAGUGGCGUUGCUAUUGGAUGAAGCGCACCAGCAGCUGAGAGAGCUAGCGCAUGCCCACAGGAAGCAGGAAGACACAGGCUCCAUCCACACAGCUGCCAGGGAGACUGCCUGCUUUCUGUCACUCACUGGGGGCGAAGUCGGGGGGUUGGCCCUGAGUGGGCCACCCGAGACCCGAUUGGUGAAUCCCAGCAGAGAACCACACAGAGACUCCGCCCAGCCCUGCGAGUGAGGGGAGGUGUGGCCCUUCUUUGUGUUUGGACCAAUCAGCCCCCUGUGUUUCUUGAAACCAAGACUGCAGAGAUUUUUUCAGGGAGGAGAUGACGUGAAAAAAGCAACUUUAAAAAUAACUGAGUUAUUUAAAAAAAAUAAAUAAUAACAAAGAAAACAAAAACACAAUGUGCAUACAUUUUGGAAGAGUUAAAAGAAGGAACGGUGAGUGAGAGUUUAAAAUGUAUCAAAAAAGAAGAGAAAUUAUUUAUAUGCAUUUAUUUAAAUGACAAGCUUCUACUUAGAAAAACCAAAUAGUCUGUCAUCUCCAUUGUGUUUUUAAGUGUAAAAAAAAUUAUACAUAUAUAUAUAUAUAUAUAUAUAUAUAUAUAUAUGUAUUUAUAUAUAUAUAUGAAACAAAACGUGACCAAGUAAAUGGAAGAAUCUGAUGUAACUUUUCUGUUGGACCAGCUCCUUCACAUCUUUCAGCCUUGGAGCACAGCUGUACAGACUCCUCCCUCCUCCUCCCCAAAUGCCAGGUCUGUGCGUUGACCUGACUGGAGGACGGGGGGAAUUUGACAUUCGACUGAUUAGCGGUGGGUAGAUUGUGCGUUCACUGUGUUUCUGGCCAAUGGAAGCAUCGGACUCUGCCUUGGGAAUCCCACGCCGUUAUCCACUGACACGGACUAAGGGGAAAGAGGGACUAAACGCCCCCAGACAAAGGAGCUCCUUCAGCGGGAUGCCCGUGCUGCACUGACUCCUAAAGAGCAGCACAUUAGCUCUGUUCUAUGGGCAGCCGCCCACAUACGAUGGCUCGGGUCAGUUCAGCUCCUGUUAUUUUCUCAUGUGAGACUGGAAUUUUUUAAAAAAAAGUGUUUUUGGGCAGAUUUGGCAGGCAUGAAGAAUGAAUAUUGCUCACCCAUCCAGACACACACACACACACACACACACACACGCCUGUGCAGGAGUACAGAGACUACAGCAGUAAGGUGGUGACAUUACUGCAGUUUGAGGGCAGGGCUCUGGGGGAAGAGUAUGGAAGGAUGUGAUGAUGAUGUGAUGGUGUCCAGUUUGGAGAAAGAAUAGUUGUCUAACAGGAGGUUCUGUGGUACAAUGGCAUGAGCAUGUGGAGGAGAUUUUGUUUUGUUUUUUGGAAGGUGAAAGGUGUCAAUCAAGUGCUUUUCUUGGGGGAUUGGUUUAGGAAGAGGUGGGGUAGGAUGGGUGGGUUGUGUCCAUGUGGUGAAUUUGCAUCAAGACUCCCCUUUUCUGUUUUGUUAAAAGCUUAAAAGCCAAUUUUUGGUAGAGAAAAAAAAACAGAUGGAAGGAGUAAAAAAAAAAAAAAAAAAAAACUCCCAUGUUUUGUA